AUGGUUAUUUAAAUAUUAGGAAAAUUAACUAAAUAUAGAGCAAAGAAGAAGUAAUAGUGGACAUUAUGUUUGAGGAUAGUAAACACAUUUUGGAAUUACAAUUCUGGUGGGAAGAGAUAAUUAGUUUUAGAUCGAAAAGUACUUUAUGAAAACAUGUAAUUAUAACUCUAUAUUUAGAAUAAUCACUUCCUCAUUUUAGCAUCCCUUUACUCUUGAAGGAUUUGGAUUAAAUGUGAUCUAAUACAUUUGAAUUGAAAAUUAAUAAUAAGGAUUUCUCUCAUAUAUUUAACCAUAAUAACUUAAUUUGUUAAAUUCAAGAGAUAAAACAAGAGGGGCUUUCAAGAAUGACCAAAAUGAACCAAAAAUAAUCGUUUUAUGCAACUUUCAGACAAUAAUCCUAUUUUAAACAGUAACUUUCAAAAAAAUCCAGAGUAGAAUAUUGAUCAAAAUCUAAAAUUAGAAAAAUAAACUUAAAUAUCGAAUUUGAGAACCACAAAGAUAUCAAUGGCUUUUAUUAAAAACAACCUAUUGCAUAAUAUAUGAAGUAAAAAAAAUAAUUUAUUCUAGAUUAUCUACAAUAUUUGGAUAGUGGAGUAUUGAAGAAUUUGAAUCGUUUAGUAAAGUAUAAAUGACUAUGAAUCCAUUUGAAAAUUCCUUUUAGGUUUAAGGAUUUUCUUCACCUAUGAUCACAUAAACAGUUUAACAAUAACAAAAUAUAUUACUAAAAUCAAAUAGAAAUUGACUUAUUAAACAUU